AGGAAGCUGCGCGUUUAGCGCUUGUGGCAGCAGCGGCGGCAGGCAGCGGCCGAGAGGGCUGGGCUAGUCGGUCAGCUGUGCGGAGAUCCGAAUGUCGGCGCGUCAGCGCACUGCCGCCAAGCUCAUGCUGCGGCCCUACUCCAUCACCGAUAGUUGAUGAUGAUCACGCCGCCCUACCCCCCGGCACUUUACCCGAGCGAAGCAGCUUCAAAUUGUUGUGAUGUCUUGGCACAGUUCAGCGAACAAUGAAAACAUUGAAUUGCUCAGAGCUUCUGGAAAAAGGUUAUACGCCAACACCAUCGGAAGCAUACGCAGUGCUGGGCAACUGGGCUCUGUUCCUGGCGGCUGUGGAAAGCCUGAUGGUGGUGACGACAGUGGCGGUGUUUGUGCAUGAAUGCCACUACCUCAGUGCCUGCUGGCCCCGCAGGACACUACUCUACAGCUCCCUGGCUCUUGCUGUGUUUCCUGUAUCUUCCAUUUUCGCUGGUGAUGUACUUUGAGCUGAUCAGCUGCUAUGCGGGGGGCUCGGAGCAGCUUGUCCAGCGGCUCAUCAACGAGCAAAUGCCACUGCGGGGUCCCCCCAUCUGCUGCGUGCUGUGGUGCUGCCCGACACCUUCCUUCUCCAAGCGAAGGUAUGCUGUCCUGCGGGUGGUGGUCUACCAGCUGUUCUUCAUCCCCCUGAUUCUGAUCACCAUCAUCUUUGUAUGCACGCUCACAGGCAUCCAUGAAGGGGAUAAGAUGGAGGCGACCAAUGCGUCCCCAUACCUGAUGCUCCUCCAGGCGGGAUCCUUCCUUCUGGGCACGUACGGCUUUGUCAUCUUUGUCAAGCUGGCCUCGCGGCCCCUGCCUCCGCAGCUGCUGCUACGGCGCAAGUUCACCGUACUGCACCUGCACUUUACCCUGACGCGGCUGCAGCUAGUCGCAUUCAAGGCAGCCGGACUGACGGGUCACCUGCCCUGCGUGCCGCCUCUGGCCUCCAUGGUCACGGGAGUCUACCUGAGCAGUGCCAUGCUGAUGGGCCAAGGGUUCAUGGUGUCCACCGUGUCCCGCUACUUCUUCCUGCAUCCGCAGCCGAACUCGACUCUGCCACCGCACCCGCCAGCCCCAACGUCAGCCCACGUCAACAGCCAUCAGAGAUCGUCCACUGUCUCCCUGCCCCGCCCGCAGGCCAACGCACACCAGGCCAGCGCACAGCAGGCCAGUAGCCGAUACCUGGCUGCAUUCACUUACUGA